AUGUCUCACGCCUUGGGUUUACAUCGGGGACAAAAAGACGGAUCUUUCGAUGACAUCGAAGAGCGUAAGAGGGUGUGGUGGACUAUCUACACAUGGGAUAGAUUCGCUUCGAUCUCAUACGGGCGCCCUCUCAGUAUAAAUGACGAAGACUACAACGUCGAUCUGCCGGCCGAGUUCAGCGAGUCGCCAUUCUUUGGCUCUGAGGCCACACAAGCACAAGUCACUGGUGUUUGUUACUCGCCAUAUCAGACAGAGCUGACACAACUAUACCUCAUCGCAUCACCAGCGCUGAAGCAAAUAUUUGGCUCGCUAUCGGCACGCGCAACAUGCCAGUACUUCGACUCAGAGCACCGCUCCCUCAUCACUAACGUCAUUCAGCGACUCUCAUCCUGGCGCCGCAAUUUGCCGCCGGAGUUGUGCCUCGACUUGAAGCGGGACUACGACCCAUCAAACACGGGAUGGGGUGUACGGGCGCAUCUUUUGCAGUCUUUGUCUUUACAGCUAACGUUCGACAACCUCCUGAUCGUACUACAUCGACCAUUCCUGGCUCGGCAAUUGGAGAACCUUUCUUUGAGCAGCCCAGGACCGAAUGGUAGCAGUGUCGCAGAAAUGAUUUCCCCAUCAGCAAGCCACGGGGGCCCGCAGAGCCUAGCCUCACAAGGCAGUGUCCACUCCCCUCACGAGAAUCAGGAUCUCGGCAUCGAGCCAACUGCAAUCUCAGAACAAUGGUGGGACGCAGCAGUAAGAACUUCCAGCGUGACGGAGCUACCGCAGCUCACUCAGCUUGCCACUGAAAGCCACCUCGUGGCAUUUGUGGCCAUGAAUAUGUUCAACGCAGCGAUUGUGCUGAUUCUGGUUGCUCUCUCGGACCCGCUUUCCGACCAAGCUCAGGGGAUAAAAAGGCCAAUUACCAAGGUCUUCCGGCUAGAAGAGCUUCUGGGUCAGAGGUCGUCGUUGUCUAGCCAAAGCAGCGCCGUGCUGAAGAACCUCAUCCGUCUUCUUCUUCGACGUGAGGGCGAAGCUAUGAUCGGAACGGCAGCUUCUAACUCGACCGUCACCGAUACAGUGGCGGCACCGCGCCCUCUUCUUGACCUUGACCCCAGGUCUUCAAUGUCGGAGCGGGAGUCUCACACCCAGUCUGAGUCCGUGAUUAAUAUUUUGGUUCACGGGCCAGAUCAAGGGCAUGGAUCUAAUCCAAGCUUUGCACAGCGCCUGAACGAAAGUCUGGCUUCGGUUCAGCAGAUUAUCCCACCGUUCCAAAAUGAGUACUUGGAGCCUGGUCUUGCGUCAGAGUCAAGGGGUAAUGGUGCAUUGCUAGGAGGUCAAUCGCAACACAUUAGUUAUGCAGCUGGGUCUGCGUACCAGGGUCCGACCGAAUCGCCAGGGCAGCAUGCUGUAGAUUAUGGGGCGAACGGUCUCUUCUGGCUUUGGGACUCUACGUGGAGCGGCCAAGUUCCGUGA